GUCAUGGCCCUCCAGCCUCCACCCUGCUCCCGAGUGAGAGUGGCCGUCACUGCUGGCCGCCACAGUCAGCCUGCACUGUGCUACCCACGGACACGUGUGCAUUGCCUCGGUCUCCUAUACAUAGUGAUCUCUGCUUCCAGGCAGCGAGGCGAGGCGGCGCAAUGGACGGGAAGGAAACGAGCAAGGAGGAGGCGGCAACCCAAGAUGACCUGCUCAUGGACCUCAAGUUGCUUCGCUCAGGAUUCACGCCGACGCCAGACAACGAGCUGUCACUAGAUGGUUACAUGGGAGCCUACCUGGAGAUGAAUAAGUUCCUGGGUGUGAUGGGUCCCAUCUUCAACAUGGUCACCAGUGAAGUAGAGUCCAAGGUGAAAAUCCUACAAGAGCACCGAAAGAGCGAGGACGGCGACCACUACACGACGGUCAAUGACAUGUUGAGCUUUGAACAGAAGCAAGCACAUGGAGGCGUGCCAGCAGACCGCCGGGGCCAGCCGUCCGGAGCCAGAACACUCCUCCGCUUACAUCGCGCCCUUGAGUUCGUGACGGAGUUUCUGGUGUUGAUUAUGCGGCCACGGGAAGGCUUCUUCGGCGGGCAAGUGUCUCGUCUCUACGGGGCCACCCUGGGGAAGCACCAUGGCUGGCUGAUACGUACCACCACUUCCACCGCUCUCUUCACCAUCCCAGCCCACGCCACCAUCAUGCAGAGGUUAGCAAAAGGAAAGACGGAGGUGGACGAGUCUGUCAGGGAGGAGAUGGACCAAGUGAUAGCUGCUAUGAAGGCUGCCUACGACCUCACUCAGAAGCUCUACCAGCAGUAUGGGUAUCUUGAUCUUCCCUGAUGGUUUCACUUACUCAUCCCUUGGUGACGUGGAACCCAGCACGCAUUAUGAAAUACUCACAAGGUUGAAUAUAACUGUAAUUAUUCUUGUUUUUUUUAUCUAUCUUUUUUUUUCUAUGGUUGGAUUGUAAGGUGGUCUGGUAACACUAUGUACUACCAAGAUUGCCCAGCUUGAUCUGCUAACUUGAGCCUUGUUUAUUUUGUAAGCUGUUCUAAGGUUCUGUGGUUGUGACCCUAAAUGCUCUCUAAGCCUGACGUGCUGAACUGCACUUUUAUUCGAAAGAAAAUUCUAAUGUUAUUAAUCGGAACCAAGAAAAUGCACCACUAUCUUUUUUUUAUUUAUCCAUUUGUUUUUACCUAAGGAUUAACAUUUUUCUCUGUUGUCAUAAUGGUAAUUUCCCCCCUUUAUGCACAUCUCAGGCUUCCUUCACACUUUUUUUCCCCCGUUAGUAUGACAGCGCUGGUGGAUGCCUAACACUUUUUUUUUCCACGAUCGUUUUUUUUUUUUUUUCUGAGCGGGUUGUCUGCAUGUGGCAGUGUCAGUGUUGCCAACUAUAAGGCCAUCGCCUUUGGUCUGUGAGCGGUGGAGUAAUUUUACAAAAUUUGAACAACAAAUAGAGCAAUAAAAAAAAAAAAAGGGAAAUCUGUAUCUUAGUAAGGAAUAUUUAACUCGCCAUAAUAAAAGAAAUCGGUUCUUAACUCAAGGAGAGAGAGAGAGAGAGAGAGACUAGAAUUUAGUAUGACAAGCCGAGUGACCGAGAGUCCGAGCCAGUCUCUAAGAAGACAAUCUCUUCACUCUGCAUAAUGUAUCUAUGUACGAUAGUAAAAAAGAUAAGUAAAUAAAAAUGUCUAUAAAACUAAAA